AUGGCAGCACCGGCAGUGAAAAUGAUCAACACGCGGAAGAUGCGGUAUACUGGGGAUGCAAUGUCCGCAUUGAAAGGCAGUGACCUAAAAAACAACCUGCACUCUCAUGACAAUUGCAAAGACAGUAUCUUCCGCGAAAACGGCGGCGACAACGGCCCAUCCUCCAAGAGGGUUUGGUUGGAUAGGCAGUAUGAAACCCGACCUCCACUUGAAGCAGAUGGAACUUUCCGUCACAUUGGUUCCUAUCCAUUGACAAGCAACCUUGCUCCCUGGCUGAGCAAGGCCCUGGCCAGCUACAAGCCCGAAGACAAAGUACUCGAGCUUGUCAAGCCAUAUGCGGCAGCAUUUCACAAUUUUGUUGAAAGCGAGAGGAAAUCCAGUACUGGAUUGCAUGAUCUGGAUGCGAUCGAAUUGACUUACCAAUACACACUGGAGAUUGGCGCUGCAAUCCUCCUAGCUGCAGACGCUACGGACAAGCCGGUAGACUUGCAGGCGGAGUUUCACACCUCGAGAGCCGGCGGCGAUAACCACUUUUCCUCUUGGGGCAAAGUGCUGACUGGUCUCGAGUGCGAUCCUCCGAUCAUUGUCCAGUUUCCAUUUUAUCUGAUGAUGUGCCAAUCGUUCACGUUUGAGCCCAAUUCAGCCAGAGAAGACUAUGUAUACUCGGCCCUAACUGGCGUGGACUGGGCCAAAGGCAACAACAAGUUCAAUGACCGAAUCCGCGCCUUUGAGAGUCUAGCAAAAGCCUCGCUGCCGACACUCGAUGACAAGAAGUCUGGUCAAGAUCGUUGCUUCUGGCGCGUGGCUCUUGCGUAUUUGCGAGCCAUGAACGAUUGCGAGAAUGCAAGGUCGUUCAAAAUCCCGAAGGUCGCCGCCAUAAAACAUGGGCUUGAUGAUGAACUCGUUAUCGCCGCACGUGCACUUGAUACUAUUGGAUCGGCAUACAUGUGCAGCGACGGAGCCGCGUGGCUUGACAACGAGGGGAUGGACUCGCUGAUUGGGUCAGCGCUGCCAAAUGAUGUUAUGGACCUUCACACAGAUAUCAGGACUGGCGAAACAAGGAAUUUGUUACGUCUCCUGUAUCCCGAAGGCCUGACCAUUGAGCAAUCUAUGAAGACAGUGUCAACUUUGUUAUCGGGAAUGCUUUGCGAAAUUUUCCGUGGACAUCACAGAGCUCGGUUCAAUAACAGGGAGGAUGGGAGAAUUGCCGCGACCUCCCCGCCAUAUAGUUUCUGUCGAGCACGGCACAGGAAGAUCUUCGAGACUCUAGAGAUGUAUAUAACCCACUACCCCAAGUUCUGGGAGUGGACAUGGGAAAUCUUCCGCAUGGCAAAAGAGCAAGUUACUGAGGAGGGGUUGCUAGAACCCCUUGUCUGUGGUCUUAAGCGGGCUCGCACCCAAGAGCCGUUGCCUCCCUCACCGGCCACCAAGUUUUAUAACCUGUAUUAUGACAUGGUCGAGAACGGGGCUGCGCAGGUAGAGAAGAGACAGCCUCUUGGCGUCACCGAUGAUCUUGCACCAGUCAUCCGCAAGAUCCACAGUCUCUGGCACAAGGAGAUCCUUGAGGAUAACAAGAAGCCAGGGUGGGGUAUUGAAUAUGAUGCUGAGUCUGAUGGCCUGUUCAGCGAAGCUGGUACAAUUCUGUCCAACAGGAGCGCGAUAUCGGAUGAUAUGUACAAGUUUGCUAUCGCGUACGGGAGGUUGAGCAUGGGGCUGCCAUAUGUUGCGUAUCAUACAGUUGACGCCAUCAUAAUGGCUUAUGGUGCUCUAUAG